CGGACAAGAUAUAAUCUCUUUUGCCUUCAGAUUGAACGAAAAAUAUUCGUCAAAUAGCACUUAGGCAUUUCAUCUCAUUCAGUAUAGUAGCAGAACACGCCUGGAUACAAGAUUUAAUGGGAUGAUGCCCACAGUAUAUCGACUUUGAAACGCACUUCUGGUCAAGGAUGUUAGAAGAAUCCAUAAAAAGGAUUAAUCCUUCUGAAUAGGGACUUCUGCUAUACACUGUUACUUUAUUCGCUCCAGUGAUCUCGAGGCAGCAGACAGCAAGAAAUUGUGUACAAGUAAUAAAAAGUCCACGGGGUUGGUUGUUAAACCUUACACUACAUAAAACUCAGACUCUCUCCAGUUGUAUACAUCAAAAGGUUGUUUUGGGAACCACUUCUAUCUUUACGGUUUGAUAGUUGAAUCAUACUGAGGAAAGUAAUCAUGCCUUCGUCUAUUUCGUGGAGUUUUUGCAUGGGUUUCUUUCAAAGCAGUCGAGCUUUUUCGACCGCCCUUGUAAUCAUUGUGCUCAUCGCUACUGCUGUGGUUGCUGAGCCAGUGCCUGUCUCUCCCAACGUCGCGGCAGUGGAGGAAGCGGAUCGACUUUACGAUGCCACCAAGUUUACAGAGAUGUACGAUCUUCUGAUACGCUUCAAGGACACUACCGACGAUGAGCUUCUGUGGCGCCUUGCCAGGGCCUGUCGCUGUGUGGGUAUGCUACUCAGCACCAGCAAGGAUGACAAGAAGAGACUGACCUUCGAAUCGUUCGACUUUGCUCAGAGGGCCUUGGAGGCAAACGACCAGAACUCUGCUGCCAAUAAGUGGUAUGCUAUUUGCUUGAGUGACACGUGUGACUAUUUGGGAACGAAGCGGAAGAUUGAAAAUGGCAAUGUCAUCAAGGAGCACCUCUUGCAAGCCAUCGAGUUGAAUCCAGAGGAUGCACUGUCGUAUUAUUGGCUAGGUCUGUGGUAUUACACAUAUGCAGAUAUGGCAUGGUACGAGAGGAAAAUUGCUGCCGUUGUCUUUGGUUCACCUCCUUCUGUAACAUAUGAAAAGGCUCUGACAAUGUUUCUUGCUGCAGAGAUGAUUUCGCCCAACUUCUACAGCAUGAAUCAGUAUAUGAUAGGCAAGACAUAUGAAAAAAUGGGUGACAAGGUGUCGGAAGCUGUUUAUCUGAAAAAGCUUCUUAAUUAUGAUGUCAAAACGGAGGAAGAUAAAGAGGCGGUUAAAAAGGCCGAGGAAUCGCUAAAAUCGAUGUAACCCGAGUAACCAUGACAACUCUAGUACAUCGUAGGACCAAACAUGCUAUCCUACUUCACAUCUUAGUAAAUUGAUACAGUACAGUUGAACUGUAAUGUAACAGACCUAGUCCUGGUUUUUGUUUUAUAUCUGGUUGUGCAUUAAAGAAGCUUUGAUUAUGAUGGGAUAAUUAUAGUUUAUGGUUAUUGCUCAUAUUGUUGGAUGUAUAUAUAUUUUCUUCUAAAUUCAUGAUUAUUGUGAUCUUGUAAUAACUUCUAACAAGGAUAAGAGUGGGGGCAAUGCAUGAAUACAUUCAUAGCAUUGGUUUUUAUUUUAUAUCUGGUUUGUGUAAGAAGCUUUGAUUAUGGGAUAAUAGCUUUUGGACAUU